CUUUGUACCCGGUGUGCUCGACGUGAGGCGGAGUCGAUGAGGUGAGAGUUUGACGACAUACAUGCCCAGGAAAUGACCCUCACUGGCGUGUUCGCUCCAAGGAGAGCCAGGGCCUGAAUCUGAAUGUGCCGCCCUGCGACCUCCGUCAUGACCGUCUUCCGGACGUGGGCAGCGCCACCGUGGUGUGACAGUCUCAACCUUGGUCACACCUGUCACUCUCGCAUCGCGGCGCGCUCUGCCACCAGAUUCACGCUCUCUCGCCAUGGUCAUACCGGCCAUAGACCUCAUAGAUUACUCAUUCGAAGCGAACAUAUCACCCUCAUCCGCGCUGCUGUGAAGCUCGCGCACUCUUAACCGCUACUACAGCCGGACAGACGACUUGAUUAUAUACUGUAUCUGCUUCAUCCUCGUCGCCAGCUG